CAGUCACCUUGUACUGAAGGUCUUUUGUGCACAUGUGUCAGUUUAGUGGAAUGUGCUACUUAAUUCUACACACACGGAUACCUUCACCCGGAUAAAAGAUGCGUGGAUAUUUGAGGUCUUAUUGAUGUAAACAUUGUCGGUGGACUUGGAGUUUAGUGGUGAGUCCAUUGAAUUAUUAACAUGGAGUUAUUCCAACAAUACAUCAGUAACAAUGGCUAGAGGCAUGCUUCAUUAUAAUAUAAAAAUUUCAAAAAAUUUGGAAGAUUUAUGAAAUUAAUCUUUUGAUCACUUACAUAUUACAUCCCCAACUCUUCUUUUUAAAUAAUUGAGACACGUCGAUUCUAAAAUUAAUGUUUUGAAUUUAAAAGACAUAAAUUAGACAGAUUUGUUUCUGGAUCCUUUGAUCAUGUUACUGUUUGAACCGUGAUUAGUUUGAUUAAACUCAUAUAAUAUCAACGAAAGAGUAAAACUGAUCAGAAACUAUUUCUUCAGAUAUUCUGUCAACUUACAUUAUUUACACAAAUAAAGAUAUGCAGUGACAAAUAUGGUGGUCUUUGAGUAAUAUGAUCACUAGUACCGGUAGGACUACACGGCAAGGUCUUUUCUAGGCAUCCCGACUAAGAAGCUAAAGAGCAAGGCCUUUUCUAAGUAUCACGACGAAUUCAGCCAUAAGCCUGACAAAGGGUCUCUGAUACUCUGAUGCAGAACAAGAAGCCAUUCACUUGGAUCUGAUUCCGUCAAGUGCAUCAUACAAUUAAACCAGGAUUUGACGAGGUCGUGUUAAGCCUGAUGGUGGGGUGGGAGGAGGGGGCUUUGAUACUUGUCCCAUCUGUAAACCCAGUGGUGUAGCAAGUGCCGGCCAGGGUGGACCAAGAUUUUUUGCCGCUCUGCUUUAACGGGGGAAAAGAAUGCGUUUGGGCAAAAUGCCGCCCCCUUAACAUAAAUACAAGAUGUACCACCCGGGGUAGAUACCCCUCCACUACCUCCUUCCUACGCACCUCAAUACACCGACGUGGCCAAGAUUACAAGUAACUUGUAGGAGUGUGGCCCUUCAGUGAACAGCCAAACAGAGCGCGGACAGCCGGCCAGAUUAUAAGCAGACUGUAUAAGCGUGUCCAUUCGGUGAACAGCCAAACAGAGCGCGGACAGCCGGCCAGAUUAUAAGCAGACUGUAUGAGCGUGGCCCUUCAGUGAACAACGAAAAAGAGCAGGGACAGACAGAGACCGAGUUGGUCCGACGACAAGAGUAUGGAUAAGGGACAGACAGAGACCGAGUUGGUCCGACGAGUAUAGAUAAACCUACCACUACUUUAGUACGGGUAGUAAAAUAUGUUCAGGGGAACAUUUCAAGACAAAAUGUAAAUGGUUUGUGAAGUGGGCUGACAGCACGAUUACAAGGGGUGUAACCACAUAUACAAUUAUUUUUCUGUCAUUAUUAAUGCUACAUCAUAAAAUGUUAAAUUGUUGAUAAUUCGCAGAUUAACUUUUAGAGUUUUAUAUUACAUGGUGAAAGAAAUAAGAGCAUUCCAAUUUUUAAUUUUCCUACUGGAGACGUGACUAACAAAAAUAAACUCAAAUUUUGAAUUAUUUGUAUACUUCCUAAGUGUGUAUAUGUAUAAUAUCUUUUAAAACUAUACACCUCCUCUACACAAAUUUUUUUCCCAUCAUCUCCGUAAAUUUACGGAUAGUGCCUAAAAAUUGAAAUAAAAUUACUUUCCUUAAAUGUCCGUAAGAACUUAAGGUGUCUUUAAUAAAAAAAAAUUAUUUCAAAAUUUCAAGCGAAAAAAAAGGUAUCUGCGUCCUGUUAUAUUUACUAUCUUCCUUGAAACUUGUGGGGAAAAACCAAGCACUGAUAAGAAUUCUAUUUAUGAUAAGAAUUCUAUUUGUGUCAGUACGGGUACAUACACAAUAAAAUAAAGCCAUAAACAGGCUCAAACAUGAAUCAUGCAGACAUAAUCAUAAAAAAACAUGGAGGUAAUACCAUUUGAUUAUUUAUUAAAGCUUUUGUAAGUUUUUUUUUUAAAAAUUGUGCCUGUAUUAAAAAGGCGCUUUUCACCUGAAAAAUGCGCAGGUUUCAGAAUAUUCCUCCAUAAAUUGUAAUUUCUUAUUUUGCAACCCUGAUCCUCCAUCUUACAACUAGUUGUAACGAGUUUUUUUUUUUAUACCAUACGCAUGUAUUUAUAGAUGUUUCUUCUUACUUAGAUAUAUCCCUGCAAUUCUAAUGAAACUAUGUGCAUCUAUGAGACGUCUCAAUGCCAGAACAGAAUUUUUCAAAUAAUUGGGCGGGGGAAAGGGGGUAUCUUAUGUGCGGCCGGCGUAUCGGCCCAGGCCUCAAAUUUUUUUCCAGGUAGGCUAAGAAUUAUUCCUGAGAUAAAUCGGCUAAGAAUUAUUCCUGAGAUAAAUCGUAAAUAAGCAAACCUUGACUUACAGCCUUCCAGUCACUAUUAAUAGAUUUUUAUUAGCUCAGUUAUAUUUAAUAUCGCAUUCCACACCUGUAUAAUUCUAAUGAUCAAAAUAUGUGCGAGAUCAUCGAACAACGGAUGUUACAAAAAUAUUUAAUUUUGAAAAUAAUGGAUGAAACCAGGAAUAUAAGACCGGCGGGGAAAACUUUGUCGAACCGGGACGAUCCAAAACAAACUGGGACAAACGGGAUCAAACCGGGAAGUAUGGUAAGCCUAUUACCCGGUACUGUGUUGAAUCCACACACUUGCAUAUUGCAGAGGAAUAAAAAAAAACACUUGUUCAGCCGAUGAUGACAGCUGACAUGCUCAACGAGCUAUUUUCUACAUUGUCUUAUUCUUACAAUAUCCAUCAGUGAGGUGACUGCAUAAUUUAACGAAAAUAAUGAGUUUCUUGCAUAGGUAAAACUUUUUUUUUUAUAUUUAGUAAUGACAAAAUAAUGUUAUACCGUUUAUACUUAAAGCUAAGCAGUCAGUCGCCUUUUUCAAAUUUCUGAGCUUCAAAAGAACGUUCUAACCUUGGCUUCUAAAUAAGAUCUAAUCAUUUCAAUGUCAGUCUCAACAUAUAUUUCGCUUCGGUAGAAAUAUUUUUUUAACAAGCCAGACCAUGCCAGAUUUCCGUCUGUUAACCCGUAGAAGCACAGUGUUUAUAUUGCUGAUCGAUUUCGAAAAUCAAGCAGCAAAUUAGUUUUGCCGAGAAAUAAACUUUUUUUUUUCCCACCCACAUGUGUGUUUGUUUGUUUGUUUGACCAGCACAGAGUCCAUGCACAAUCAUUCCUACCCAAGUGUCCGUAUGUUCGCCAAACACUGAGUCCAUUCACAAUCAUUCCUACCCAAGUGUCCGUAUGUUCGCCAAACACUGAGUCCAUGCACAAUCAUUCCUACCCAAGUGUCCGUAUGUUCGCCAAACACUGAGUCCAUGCACAAUCAUUCCUACCCAAGUGUCCGUAUGUUCGCCAAACACUGAGUCCAUGCACAAUCAUUCCUACUCAAGUGUUCGUAUGUUCGCCAAACACUGAGUCCAUGCACAAUCAUUCCUACUCAAGUGUCCGUAUGUUCGCCAAACACUGAGUCCAUGCACAAUCAUUCCUACCCAAGUGUCCGUAUGUUCGCCAAACACUGAGUCCAUGCACAAUCAUUCCUACCCAAGUGUCCGUAUGUUCGCCAAACAAGUGUCCGUAUGUUCGCCAAACACUGAGUCCAUGCACAAUCAUUCCUACCCAAGUGUCCGUAUGUUCGCCAAACACUGAGUCCAUGCACAAUCAUUCCUACCCAAGUGUCCGUAUGUUCGCCAAACACUGAGUCCAUGCACAAUCAUUCCUACUCAAGUGUUCGUAUGUUCGCCAAACACUGAGUCCAUGCACAAUCAUUCCUACUCAAGUGUCCGUAUGUUCGCCAAACACUGAGUCCAUGCACAAUCAUUCCUACCCAAGUGUCCGUAUGUUCGCCAAACACUGAGUCCAUGCACAAUCAUUCCUACUCAAGUGUUCGUAUGUUCGCCAAACACUGAGUCCAUGCACAAUCAUUCCUACUCAAGUGUCCGUAUGUUCGCCAAACACUGAGUCCAUGCACAAUCAUUCCUACCCAAGUGUCCGUAUGUUCGCCAAACACUGAGUCCAUCCAUCAAACGAAAAAAAACUUUACUCAACCUUUUAUAACCGACUCUUUUUUUAGGAGAGAAAAAAAAACAAAUUUAAAAACAACCCGUUUGAAUAAUCCAGCAACCCUUGAAACUAAAGUUGUUCGUGUCAAUCUUGUGUAUGCACUUUUUAUACGUUUAUUUCAUAUGAAUAUUUUAAAGACCCAUCCGCUUUGAUACCGCUGAUUUAUUUCACCAACUAAUUCACAGACACACAAAAAAGAAAAGAACAUAUUACUCACCAAACGCUCUUAUGACAUUAUUUUUUCUUUAAUAAUCUCAUUUAGCACAAGAGUGGACACAAGUAUUUCAGUAAAUCAUAAGCGUCACGUUUCCUUAAUCUUUCCCUGGAAAAGUUGGGAAAAAAAUGAAACUUGUGUGCCGAUUUUCAGCUCGAUAGGUUGUCGGGAAGUGGGUCAAUUAGCCAUCCGGGGAUUUUUUUUAACACCUAACCAGAAACACAAGAACAAAACUGUAUUUAAUAUAAAGGAUUUAUUAAAUUUAAAUAUUCCAAAUAUCAUUACCUUAACUUAGAACACAUUUUCUUUUUUUUUUAAAUAGAUAAAUGAACACACUGUUAAAAAAUCUCAUUUCGAAAAUACUUCCGUUCAAAAAUAUUUACCUUCGAACAAAUUUCCUUUCGAACAUAUUUCUAACGAGUUAAAUCGUAAAAAUUUACGCAUGUGGACAAAAUGACUAUGGAACGAUAUCCCGAUUCUGAAUCAUUUGACAGCUGACUGGUGCCGUCACAUAACUCCACUAUUUUGAUUUUUUUUUUGUUAUGAAAUAUGAAAAUGAAUGUUUUCGACACGUGCCUGGCAAAUAUUUUAUAAGGUGCUGUAACGUCAAGUAAGAAUAAUAAUAAUAAUAAUAAAGUUCAUUUCAAAAACACGCUUCAUCCCCAAAGGCUACAAAGUCAAAAAAAACAACAAAUCUAUAGUUUACCACAUUUAAAACAAACGCAACACGACAAAAACUAAGUACAAGCCUACAAUGGCAAAGUCUUUCUAGCCAUUUCAACCAUAAGCAACACAGCCAUUAUGCAUUAACUGGAAAAUAAUGUUGACAAUCAUCCCAGAAGGUGUUUGCGAAAUAGAUGUGUCUUUAAAUCUGUGCUGGUCAAACAAACAAACAAAGAAUAUCUGAUAAAGUCUCUUUGAAAAUUUUUAGGAGACAGGCAGCUGGAAGUACGUUAAGAUCAGUCAAUACGGAUUUUUUCAAAUGAUUGUUUAACACGGUUUGAAAAUUAGCUUCUGUUGUUUAUUUGCAGUAAAUACAAUUGAUGGUCACCUGGAAUCAAUAGACACGUACAAGUCCUUGAGAGCAGUUCUGAAAUAUAGAAAGAGAAACCCAUGCCGACACUACAGAUUUACGAUGACCUGCCUAUGUCUACAAUUAUUCUGUGUCUUCGCAUUCACACUAAAUUUGUGUACAGCGUUCCUAACAGUAAACAAAAGUAAGUAUUCGAAUUAGGCAACAAUUCAAGGGCAUUUAUUUAUGAAACAACAUAUAGUUUCAUAAGUGUCUUGUCAAAUUAGCCACAAACAUGUCUGGUCCAUACGGCUACAUACAUGUCUGGUCAAUACAGUUAUAUACAUGUCUGAUCCGUGAAGGAAUCCAGCAGUGACAGAUUAAGGCGUACGAUAUUAAAAUAUAACCAGUCAAAUGGCGACCUAUGAGACCAAAAUUUAGCCAAUCAAAUAACAAUUUAUGAUACCCAAAUGUAUCCAAUCCAGCAGCGACUUAUGAGACCAAUAUGUAACCAAUCAAGGGCAACUUAUUAGACCAAAAUGUAUCCACACAAUGAGUGACAUAUGAGAAUAUCCUUACAUCAAAUAAGCAUAAAAAUAGACAGUAUUAACAACUAGCUUUCACUUAUCUUAACAGGCUGUACUGUUGUCGGCGAUGGUAAUGGAGCAUCUGAAACGGGUACAUGUUUCCAUGUCAGCAAUGAGACCUUGACCUGGCAAGACGCUCACAGGUUCUGUCAUUUAAACCAAGGAUACCUUAUGAACUCUGUGCACGAAUUGAGUUCCUAUUUUGACCCAAGUGUUCUGAAAUUAGACGGUGAGUACUACAUGUUCGCAUUAUUGUUUUCCUAUCUUUUAGAUUUAUUUAUUGUACCCUUUUAAUGUGAAAACAAGAAAAAUUAGAUUAGGGCAGUUUAAGCCCCAUGACCGAACAAUUAUUUUCUUUGCUAUAUUAAAAAUCAUCCAUCCGAAUUGUCACAUCUUAGGUGUCAAUAUUUUUAUUGAAAUAGUUGAAAGGUAAUGAAAGCGAGACAAGCAACAUCCAUCCAUCCCUCGACAAACGGUUGAAAAGCUGAGACCAGACCAUAGAAUUAAAUAGAGUUCAAUACAAGAUGUGGCCUCUGACAUUUAGGAUAAACGCCAAUUACCAGACACAAAGACCACUUGCAAACUAGUUCAUAAGUCACGUUAUAUCAUAAUCUUAGACGAACAGAACAAUGUAUCAAAGCUUUUUUUUUUACAACCCUUAACAUUUUUCCUUUUUAAACAAUUUAGAUAAAAACAAAUUACAUUACUAAACAUUCACUCUCAUCCCUCGAAACUCACACAAAAUCGUUAAAUUGAAUUUUUAAAAACAAUGUUUAACACUUUUUCAAAUAGUGUUCUUUUCUUUUCUUUCUUUUAAAUUUCUUUUUGUUUCAAAUUACACAAGAUCUGACAGGGUCGCCCAACCAUAAAGGGGGAACAAUCUCUUACACAAACACGAAUGGCCUUGACCAGCCACAACACCGUGAAACUAGUGUCUCCUGCUGAUGGGGGAGAUAACGGUCAGAUCAAACAUGGUGUAUCGCUUCCAGGGGUGUUACGUUAUCAAUCCUAUUAUAAUCGAAUCCGCCCAUCACCUACCGGUAAAAAGUAUGUGCGUGUAUAGGGGGGGGGGGAGUGGUGUGACAUUGUUAGGCUUAAAAGAGAAAGCAAGAACGUAAUCAACAUUAUGUAUUUUUGUCUUUUUCAUUAGUAAUAUUUCCAUAAGCAUUCUCUUAAAAUAACAUAAUAUGUUUCCUUUCCCUUGCUGGUAAGAAGUGGUUAGGGAUUCAAUUCUGGCCAAUUUGAAAUGGACUCCUCGGAUUAGAGGAUUAGAACUACCCACUCUUUGUCACCACUUUUCCUUUGCACGUUGUUUAAAGCAGCGUUUCCCAAACUCUUAAGUCUGAGGUACAGGUGUUCACGUUUUGAAAUGACACCGGCAACAAGGACCGGUGUCUGAUUUUUAAAUUGUAUCCACUUUUUUUUAUCUCACCGUAAUUUAUCAUGUGCGGUGGACCGGCAACUUAAGGCUCGCGUGUCCUUCCUAUCAGAUGACAGUGGAAUCACUCCAACGAACAGGGGACAAACAGAUGUGGUUUACAUAACUUAUAGGAUCCUAUUUUUAAAGGAAGAAGAAUAUGGAGCCUUAAUUUAUUCUUGUAAAACCCAAUCUCCUAGACCAGCUAUCAGGACACACAAAUUUUGUGUUUACAUACAUUUAUAUUAAUUAUUUUUAUCACUGUAGGCUCUAUUGACUCUAAAUAUUACUUCAUGUAAUUCUUGCAAUAAUUGUGUGUUAUUUCAAUUAAAAAUUCGUUCAAAGCACACAUUUAAAAAUACCAAGUACUAGCGGCUAUCAAUCAUCGUGUGUGCUAUAAAAAUUGAUUUUGUUGUUGUUGUUGUCUUUAAAGAAAAAGGAAUAACGUCCCUUUGGUCUGGACAACAUGUCAAAAAUCAACGUCUGCUGGCUGACAACUUCCCAACUGUACAACGGUGAGUAAACUUUGUGAAAUAUCGAGUGAUAUUUAUGUCACUUUCUAAAAUUAUUAAUAGAUUUCUUGAACUUGUAUUUCUAGUGCAGCAUAUUUCAUAAGUUUUUUUAUUGGCACUGGAUGAUUCCACUGUAGAAAUUUUCGCACUGUUUCAGUAUCGGAACCUUCACCAAUUUUACACUGAACACCAUCCCAGGCAGUUCUCUCUGUGUGCUGCAAGUCUAUAACGGAGCAAGCAAAGUAAGGUGAGUCUAAUUAGUAUACACGGUAACGGAUUCUGGCUGUUAGAGAGUGUGGACGAUGUUCGUGGUCGUGUGAUGAUGUCAGUGGUUCUACCUUCAUCAACAUCAUCAGUGGCGCUACAGCCCAUGUAGGGACCUGGCCUGCUCCACAACAUCCUUCCGAUUGGAUCGAUCCAGGCUCUAACCCCUAGUUGGUGUAAAUCCUUCACUACAUUCUUCGAUCCAUCUAAGCCUUUGGUGACUGGUGAGUCAUCUGCCCCUAGGCUUCUGCGUGUAUAUCGCUUUAGCUGCUGUACAAACUGGCAACCUUUUACUAUGACCUGCUCAGCGCAGUCUGUCUUUUUAUUGUGAGCGGUUCUGGGAAGUUUUUAACGGUCCUGGGACGUUGUUAGUGAUCCCAUUGACCUCAGUGGCUUCUUAGAGUCUCAGAGGUUGACAAAACUUAAAAGCAUCGAAAUCCUUCAUUGGCCAACUGUAACUUAAGGGGGCUAUAUAUACAAUAAUUAUAGGUAUGGAGAAGUGUCCGGUUAGAAACAUUACAUAUAAGUCUCUUAAUUACAACUACCAUCUAAUUGUGCGUUUAAAUUCUUUAUUGAGUAUUUAUACAUACAUUGGUUAUUAAUAAACAUUUGUGUUUUUCCGACACCAGGCUAACUAAGAGACAAGCACAGAUCGUGAUCAACGGAACACAGUGGGAAGCCUCUUACACCAAGAUGCUCGCCCCGUGUGACGAGAAACACUUCUUUGUGUGUAUGUUCCAAGUCAAGUUCGACUUCACUAAGGGUUACAUCCUAAGUAUGUCAUGCAGUUGUAGAAAUUCUGUGUUGUUUUUUAAACUAAAAACCAUUCACAUAAAUAAGAAUGAGCUACGCUGACCGUAACGCCAAAGAACCGAAAAGAUUUAAAUACGUUCGGAUUCGUACAAACUGUAAGAGUUAUUGUCAAAUAUUUUACAGAAAUCGAAUACAUUUAAAUGCGCAAAAAUAUUGAUAUCCGCUUUUCUUUUAGGGAAAAAUUUUAAGUAUUAUUUUUAUAAAUUAUAAAUACAUUUAAAGUAACGACUAAGGAACAAUUUUAGCAUUUUAUGUGUGUUUGAAAGUUAUGAAAAAUAAUUAAAUGAAAAAAGUAUAAUCAAAGAAUCACACCGUAAUCCCAUUUCAUGGGAAAUCCAAACGUCAGUUGUUGUUUUUUUUUUUUUUUGUGUGCGUUUUUAAGUGCAUUUUAAAUAUUAUGAAAUACAAUUGAAAUUAAUUUGUGCUAAAUAAUCACGCAAAUGACGUCAUAGCGCCAAUCACUUAUUUUAGCACAAAUUUUAGGUUUCUUUGAUUUAAUUUAACAACACGUUACAAAACUGAUAAUGCAUUUUCCCCAUUUAAUUUCAUAAAUAUAAUUGAAGGCUUUUUUUAAUUGUUAAUAAAACUCACACAAAUGUAAGCUUUGUAUUUUUAACAUGAAAUAAGUUUUUUUUUUACAUUUUUAAUUCCAAAAAUAUACCUUUAAUAAUUUUAUAACGCAACAAAAACUUAACCUUUCAAUAUACAUCUAAUAAGAAACUGCCGUUUAAGUAAAUCAGUGCAGCGAAACUCCAUAGCCAAAUAGCAUUCACUAAUCAGCUUGUAACUAAUCCAAAUAAGAACAAACCAUAUGAAGGGCAAAAUAUGUUAAUUUAGAUAUGGAAGGGACUACAAUCCGGUGGAAGAUUUUGUUAAUUGUAUUUAUAUCUAGGGAGGGGGGAUUGUUCAUUUUGCCCCAGGCAGUACAAGAUACUUCUCAAAAUCAAGGAAUGAAUUUGAUAAAUAAUUUACCUGCUUGGGUACUCAAAUAUCGGGGUUAGAAAAUAGUAUGUCUUCAUUUCUUCAUUUUUACGUGGAUGACACAUAUUUAAAUGCUAUGAUAUUACAUUUGUGAAAAAAAAAUGGAUAAGUCCAUUUUGCCCAAGGCAGCACAAGAUAAUCUCAAAUUAAAGAAAUGAAUUUGAAAAAAAAAUAUCUUCUGGGGUACAUAUAUAUCGGAGGUAGGAAAUAGGAUGUGUACAAUUUUACAUGGAUGACAAUAUAUUUGGAUUCUAUGGAUUUCAGUUGUGAAAAAAGAUAUGUUACAUUCUCUCUUUACAAAUAAACAUAUGUUUACCAAAUAAGAAAAUUAAUGGCGUUUUUUUUUUUAAAUGAUUGUAGAUUUAUAUAAGUAAACCCAUGAAUAUCGAAACCCAAUCAUUUUACACACUUGAAAAAUUAAUUUUGAAAAAUGUUGCUGGGGUUCUAUGUUCUUUCAAAAAUAAUGAAAAUUAAUUUUUGUUUUUACUUUGGGAAAGUAAAGUGGGUGUGCAUUUUUAUGAGAUUUACAUUUUUUUUAAAGCCUUCAGGUCUGUUGUAGACGUGAAAAACAAUUGCGUUAUUCUUCUUUUGGAUAAAAGAAUUGUUUAUUUUAUGAUUUUCUGAUAAGUUAUAAUUAUAAAAACAAGUCUAAUUGUUGUUUUUUUGGAGAAGAAGAUAUCAAUAUAUAAAAUUCCUUUUAUAUAAUAUAUAUUUAUAUGAUGUAUAGAAAUUUUGUUGUAAAUUUAAGAUUAUAUUUUCACAAUUUUUAGUUUAAAAAAAGUUGUAAUUCAAGGGCAGGAAAAAGGGUAAAUCUGAAGUAGUUCUCAAGCGCAGAAAUCAUUUCUAAAUUAAUUUCUUUAGUGACAAAAGUGAUAUAAUUAGUGAUAAUUUAAAUUGGGUAAUUUAAGAUCAUGUUAAAAGGGUUGAGGGGGGGGGGUUGUUUAGGGGCGUGAACGGGAGUAGGGUAGGCGUAUAAUAUAUAGCAGAUAAUCACUUCUCAAACCUUAAUGAAGUUAGAAACGUAAAUAUCAUUACAUAGAUACUUUUUUUCAAGUUAGGAAUUUUGAUGAGCUUUUGCAAUAGCAGGUGGAAAUUAUCGCAAAAGGAAUUACCAUCAUUAUCCCAAUAACAUCGAGACGUAUAUUCCAGUGUUAAAUAGUUUUGGACCUAAAAUUAAUAUUUAUUGUGGGUACAUGGAGAAAGCGUCUUUUUUUUUGGGGGGGGGGGGAGGCGGGCAUUCUUUCCAAAACAUAUUGUGAUGCUUAUUGGGGUAAAUUAAUUGUGGGUACAUGGAGAAAGCGUCUUUUUUUUUGGGGGGGGGGGAGGCGGGCAUUCUUUCCAAAACAUAUUGUGAUGCUUAUUGGGGUAAAUUACAUAUAAUUUUUAUUUGUUUUUAUUUAAAAACUUUGUUGCUAUAAUGAGGCGUUCAAUUUUUUUAUCAUUACUCGAAAACGCGUGUAUUUUGCGUGUUUUUUUUUCUACCUUUUAUCAAAAGAGAUGGCGGUGGUAAGCGAGAAGGUGAUACGUUGUGGGUUAGAAAUUACAUGGAAAAAAUAUGCGGAAAGUUGCUUUUGGUGCAGGGCAAUGGGAGGUUUGAAGAAUGUAAAUUAAAGUACGAGAAGGGUAAGAGAAUUGGAGAAGCAAAGGGUCAAAGUGUAGGCUGGCAAUUGUGGUCGAAGAGAAAGUUGGGAAGUUAAUUACAGAUAAAUUUGACCCCAAAACAAAAAGGUAUAUGAUAAGAAUGAAAAGGGGAUAUGUUAGGGUGAAAAAGGAGAUGAAUCGUUUGAUUAGGAGUGCAAGAAAAAAAAGAUGUUUUAGGUAAAGGGUAGUUUUUAGGAACGUGUGGAGUUUGGGUUCCGAUUGAAUGGAUUAAUGUUAAUAAGUGAUGGCAUCGCAGGGAAUAAAGGUAGGGCAAGGAUGAAAUAGUUAUGUAAGUUUAAUAAUGACAAGGGAGGAAAAAAGAAGAAGCUGGUGUACUUUUACUCAGUCUAUUCGAAGAGUUGUUGAUUGGAAUACGACCUUUCAUCUCAGUUUCUCGAUGGUAAGUUGUGACGAACAUAACAAAAACCCGUACCCGAGAUUCCCCCACAUUAGCUCUAGUCCCAAAGACACCGAGUACCUGUUUACAUCGCCCUCCAGCUUGAAGUAUUACGGCCCUGCGUUACAGAGGUGUGUGGCUAGAGCUUGUUGCCACAGUGCGGGCCGGGACAAUUAAAUGAAUGAAAUCGUGAAACGAGGUAUGUGGAAGCUUGAAAUAAGGUAACAGGACAAAAAACAAGGACGUUUCGGCAUAAAGCCUUCCUCAGCCAACAAUAGAAAUGAAAAUAUAACAAAGAAAAGAACACAGUAGACAACUCAAUUAGGAGCGAUGAAAUUCGGCCCUUUCAAAAAUAUUAUAUAAUCUUAGUACAACAAAUAAUGAGGGAUUUUGUGUUUUAUUCGCAGAUCAAGGCAGUACUGCUACGAUUCGAAUCUACAAUUUACCAGUAGAUUUUUACACCAGUGUUGAAAACGUUACAUUUAAUGAAAUAGAUGCAAGCUGCAAAAGGACACUUGAAGGUGGAACACCUUUCAGGUAAAGAGAGUGGAGUAGGAUACUUAACGUCUUCUAGAGAGCAGUAACUAAGUUUUAUUCUAGGGCGUGGUCGUCCAGUAACUCAGGUCCCUUCUGCCAAAUUUCCAUACAUGAGCAUCUUUGAGAUACGGCCUUCUUCCAUUCUUCUUAAACGGCCUAACUAGCGAAGGCGCCGUUUGCUAAGUGCGUAGAAUAUGUUUAAAUAUUUCUGUUCGUUUGAGGACCUAUGUGUCAAGCCUAUUGUCCUGCCAUUGGAUGCGUAGAAUGCUACGCAGAAAUCUUUGAUGGAAGGAAGCUGUUGAAUUUCCGCUCAUGACUGGUAUAUGUGGUCUACAUUUCACUGCCCUUUGGAGAGUACUAAUCAUAAAAGCCUGGUGGACACUUAGAUUUGUUUUAUUAGUUAGAUUGGGAUUUAUUCCCCACACACUCAUUCAAUUUAGCCAUAGUUGCUGCUGCUUUUGUGAUCAUGAUUUUUAUAUCUUCAUCAACGGAGAGAGAACUAGAAAUAUGGGAUCCAAGGUAUGUAAAACGUUCAAAAACCGACAGAGUGUGGCCCUUAAAAGAUAUGAUUGUAGGGGAAGGUGCUUCUUGCAUCCUGUCAUGUGUUUUCUAUAGACUUAUUGACAGUCAUAACUCUUUACAAGCAUGUGAUUGACGAUUAACUAGCCACUAAGACCUUUUUCUUUGUGAGAUGUUAAGGCGACAUCGUCAGUGGGCAGCAGUUCACGAAUUUGUACCAUUUUUCCCUUGGUCUUUGCACGAAGGAGGGAGAUAUUGAACAGCCUAUCAUCAGAUCUGGUAUGGACGUACAAUCCAUCUUCACAGGCCCUGAACGCAAAUUGAAUGAGAAUUGAGAAGGAAAUGCGGAAGAGCGUUGUUGCCAGCGUGCAGCCUUGUUUUACUCAGUUGCUGACUGGGAAUGCCUCAGAGACGGCGCCAUUGAAGGUUACUUUGGUGUGCACGUUUUUGUGAAUAGACCAUAUGAUUUUGACCAGUCGUGAAGGACAACCUAUUCUUUGCAAGAUACUCGACAGGCCUAUCCGAUUUACCAAGUGGAAAGCACCUUUUCAUAUCCAUGAAAGCAAUAUAAAGAGGCGUAUGCUGUUCACCACACUUCUCCUGCAUUUGGCGUAAGGACAAUAACAUGUAUUUAGUUAAACACCCACUCCGGAAGCCACACUUGGGGUAGAUGCUGUUAACCCGACUCUGCAUUCGUUUAACGUCAACACGAGCAAACGUCUUUCAACUACGUCAAGAAAAGAAAUUUUAGGUAGCCUAGCAAUCAUUUCGGUCCCCUUUAUUUUUGUAAAAUGUUACGAAUGUGACCUGUUUCCAACACAGACAGAGGAGCUCAUGUAAGGGCUGAAGUAGCAUAGUUUUUCCAUUUUUGAGGACUUCCGGUGGAAUGCCAUCAAUCCCUGGUACUUCCCAUCAGCAAAGUAAUCAAUUACUUUCUCGAGCUCCUGCAAAGUUGGCUCUUCAUCUAGAUCUUCCAUUAUUGAAAACACGGGAAUAUUAUUCAGAUUAGUCUAAAAAUGACUAAAUUUAUUGAGUAUCGUUCAGACAAUUUUUUUUUGCAGUUCGGAGAGCCUAUAGUGUACGAGCACAUGAUGCAUCCCUAGAGGCAAGCAGGGCUCUUCUCUUCCUUUCGGUUACGGUUUCCAUCACAUUCAAAUAGGCCUCGUACCAUUCAUUAUUUUUAAUGCUCCAUUUUACCGUAGGCGGACAUGGCUGAAUAGUGCACAUCAUCUCGUAAACAAGUCCACUUAGAGUCAAUAGUGCCAUCGGGUGACCCUUUAGCAAGAGUAUUGUGCAAUACUUUUGGGAAUUUCUGCUUUUUUCUGGGUUUGUUGAGCAGUACGUGUUAAUUCGUGGACGUCACUUAUUGUUUGCAUUAUGCAAUUUGUUUGGGCAUUAGCCGUAUCUUGCUUGCUGCGAGAGAAUGGUCCAUGCCACAGUCGGCACUAUGGUACCUGCGGGUAAAAAGUUCACUGGCUAGCUCCACGCACCUAGUUAUGAUAGGGUCUAGCUGGUUCCAGUGGCGGGAACGUGAGUGUCGCUACGACACGUUCUGGAUUUUUUGUGCACUUGAAGAAGGUGUUGGAAACACAGAGACCAUGGGAGCAGCACAACUCCAGCAGACGUUGUCCGUAAUCAUUGUCCUACCUAAUCAGUGAUAACCAAGACAUGAAUUCCAGACUUCCUACUCAGCUCUAACCCUAUCAUGUAAGUCUCCCAGAAUGUAUAAUGCAUCGGUAUAGGGAAAACAUGAUAACUAUUUGUCCAGGGCCUCAUAGAACAGAUAUUUCUCUCCUGGAGUCGAAUGAAGAGUGAGAGCAUACACAUUGAAUACGUUGGUCUUGCCUGCAGAUCAUGACAUCCGCAGAAUCCUCUACGAUCCCAAGGCUGGAGGUUCAAUACCAAAAAUGCGGUUUUUUUACGGCAAAUCCAACGCCACGUCGGCUAGCUUCAUCUGCGGGUUCCAUCUGCAAGUAAAACGUGUAGCUUGCUUCUUUUACUGUACCAGUGUCUGGUAGUCGGGUCUCUUGAAGGCAGGCAAUGUCAAUGUUUAGUCUGGCGAGUUCCUUGUCAAUUGCGGCAGUCUUCCUUGCAUUGCUAAUCUGUUGAAGGUCAAAUCCAGGACGCAGGGUUCUUACAUUCCAUGUUGCGAAGCGAAGUGGUCAAGUUUUCCUUCUGUAUACUUUCUUUUCCUCACAGAAAAACUCUGACCCCCAUCCCCCCGUGAAGUGACGUCACCAGUGCAGCUAUUUAGCCUGUGUAGUGUUUUAUGGAGACCAGCUGUUGCCCAAUGCAGCAGAUCCCCACGCUCCACGCAGCCAGUGGAUCCAAGCGAAUGACAAUUUGUCAAUACAACUUGACACUAACUGCGUCGCAGGAGUGUCCGAAAUGACAUUGGUAUUGGCGUCAGAUCGAAUUCGGUACACCAUCUCCGGAUUUUACAGUUUGGGUUUACUCCCUUAUUCUUACCUUAGCUUCCCGCAGUGAAUUUGUGUAUUUAACACAUUAUGUAUUCAUCACUUUCCCGUUUGUGAAAAAUGUCCGUAUUCAUAAAAUUGCGUGUCAUCCAUCUUGUUGUGAACCUGAAGCAUAUAUCCUUUAUUAAAGAGUUGUUUCAUGGCAGCCGUUUUGCCCUCAAUCUCAAGCAGGGACUAACAUCAUUUCCCCUUCGAUGGUAACAAUCAGUCCUUAAAGUGAUGAAUGGUGUGAAAGAUGUUUGUAAAUAAAUGCACCCCAAACUUCAACACCUUCAAUCUUCCUAGAAAAAGAAAUAUCAACAGUUGGACGAAAAUGAUGUCACUGAAAUUUAAAGGAAAUAUUAGCGGCCACCUCCGAAGACCCCUUCCUACAUCCUUCUAUAAAAAGCCAAGUCAUACCUCGGAAAUAUGACCAGGGAUUCUAUGAAAAAAUAUACAGGAACUCAUCCUCUUAAACAAGCGAAUGAAACACAUUCUCUGGAUGCGUUUCAUAGGAGCUUAACUCACUUGACGGCACAAAAGGGUGAGAAAUAGCAAUAUCGCUAUUGCGAUUAAGAGACGGACGGAUGACUCUUCUAACCGUUGUCCUAAUAUGGAGAGAUCUGAGAGUUGUUGCAUGGAAUAAGGAUGUCAGAAUCGAAAAAAACUCGGCUGCUCAAACAACUAUUUAUUUUGACGUAUAAUUUAUCGAUAAUUCGUAAAGAUAGGCAAUUUUCCGAAAAAAUGUCCCUUAUUCUUAUAAGUUUUUAGUUAUCGGCGUAAAUAUUCAGUUGUAUAAACAUUCGACUGAGUGACACAUAUAGAUUUUUCAAUCAAACAUAUCAACAUUUAGCAUUCUAAAGGUGUCUUCUAUUAAAUGAGAUGAUCACGUGAUCAAAUCAAAACCCCAACACUGCCAAUAAGCUUAUAAUUCAUGUAUUUUCAAUUAAAAGGGUGAUCUCUGACAUUGAAAGAAAAAUGCUCAUAUCAUAUUGGAACGCGUCCCUCUAUCUUGGCUACAUCAACGACACAACAGAACUCUUUUGGCUCGACGCUGGAGAGUACCACGGCUGUAGCGCUGUGGCCGUUGCCUCUUUUAAUUUCGUAAGACAUUAUUCUAAACAUUUUAAGAUCUGUCUCAUUUUCAAAUGACUUAAUAUUACGUAAUGUUCUUAGACCUAAUUAUCUAUCGUAAAUAUGCGCAAAUCAGGGCACCUUUAUUUUACGGAGACUCAUUGAUUUUGUUUUCAUCAAAUUACAAAACUAGACAUCAUAUUUACAAUCAAAUCUUUCUUGCACUCUUGAUAUUCAGUUAUCUAGGUCUCAUAAUCAAUUUUGAACGGAUCCAUAGCAAAAUGGGAUAGAAUACAUUUUGAAAACUUAUCUUAAACUAAGUGUGAUAAAAUACACUUUGAUAACUUAUCUUAAACUAAGUGUGAUAAAAUACACUUUGAUAACUUAUCUUAAACUAAGUGUGAUAAAAUACACUUUGAUAACUUAUCUUAAACUAAGUGUGAUAAAAUACACUUUGAUAACUUAUCUUAAACUAAGUGUGAUAAAAUACACUUUGAUAACUUAUCUUAAACUAAGUGUGAUAAAAUACACUUUGAUAACUUAUCUUAAACUAAGUGUGAUAAAAUACACUUUGAUAACUUAUCUUAAACUAAGUGUGAUAAAAUACACUUUGAUAACUUAUCUUAAACUAAGUGUGAUAAAAUACACUUUGAUAACUUAUCUUAAACUAAGUGUGAUAAAAUACACUUUGAUAACUUAUCUUAAACUAAGUGUGAUAAAAUACACUUUGAUAACUUAUCUUAAACUAAGUGUGAUAAAAUACACUUUGAUAACUUAUCUUAAACUAAGUGUGAUAAAAUACACUUUGAUAACUUAUCUUAAACUAAGUGUGAUAAAAUACACUUUGAUAACUUAUCUUAAACUAAGUGUGAUAAAAUACACUUUGAUAACUUAUCUUAAACUAAGUGUGAUAAAAUACACUUUGAUAACUUAUCUUAAACUAAGUGUGAUAAAAUACACUUUGAUAACUUAUCUUAAACUAAGUGUGAUAAAAUACACUUUGAUAACUUAUCUUAAACUAAGUGUGAUAAAAUACACUUUGAUAACUUAUCUUAAACUAAGUGUGAUAAAAUACACUUUGAUAACUUAUCUUAAACUAAGUGUGAUAAAAUACACUUUGAUAACUUAUCUUAAACUAAGUGUGAUAAAAUACACUUUGAUAACUUAUCUUAAACUAAGUGUGAUAAAAUACACUUUGAUAACUUAUCUUAAACUAAGUGUGAUAAAAUACACUUUGAUAACUUAUCUUAAACUAAGUGUGAUAAAAUACACUUUGAUAACUUAUCUUAAACUAAGUGUGAUAAAAUACACUUUGAUAACUUAUCUUAAACUAAGUGUGAUAAAAUACACUUUGAUAACUUAUCUUAAACUAAGUGUGAUAAAAUACACUUUGAUAACUUAUCUUAAACAAAGUGUGAUAAAAUACACUUUGAUAACUUAUCUUAAACUAAGUGUGAUAAAAUACACUUUGAUAACUUAUCUUAAACUAAGUGUGAUAAAAUACACUUUGAUAACUUAUCUGAAACAAAAUAGGAUACAGUAAACCAUUACACGUCACGGGAGAAGAAAAGUUUGUCUUUCUAACAAUUAUACAUCUUGAUGCUAAACAAUAUCUGAUAGAUUUAUUUGUAGUGCGCCAAUCUAUGCCUUCCCACAGGUACAUCAAGUGUACACACCUUUGCCAUGCGGCACGCGCCUGAGAGCCUUAUGUCAACUGAACAAGUUAUAUAACGGUGAGUGACGCCAUGUUGGAACGUAGCAGAAAUUUACUUCAACAAAUUACGUCUUCUCCCUUUCGACGAAUUUUUUUUUUUUCCAUGUUGUCUUUUCAUGAGCAUUUACCACUUCGAUCUGUAUGCUACAGUGUCAGAGACGCCGCCUCCUGAAUGGAAGAUCACAGCGAAUCGGUCAGGUGUCGUGGUGAUCGACAAUGAGAUCCAAGCCCCUUCAAGACUAGUACGUCAGUUUGGCAGCGUGACAAACAAUGUCUCCGUUGAGUGCGUGACUACCAUAGGACCAGUAAGCUCGUUUGGGUGUAUUUAUUAUUUUCACUUUUUAAAAAAAGAAUGUAACUUUAGGAGUGUUUAUUGAUGAUAAAAUACGUUAUUAUGGCCGGUGAUUAUAACCAGCGAGUGUGACCUCCUUUAUACCUAUUGUUCUAGAAAAUAUAAUGUAUAUAAAUUGAAGGAAAAUGAAUAUUUCUAUAAUAAUAAUAAUAAUGCUUGCAGUGAAACUGAUCAACACCAUUAAAACACAUUGUGCUUAGCUUGUCACCAAGAAUAUUAAAGUUCUUUUGGAAGCAUCUUUAAAAACAAAAUCUGAAUAGCACAUUUUAUAGUUUGGCUUUGUUUUUAAUUCAUUUUCUUUUUUUAAAAUUAUUGAUACAUUAAUUAAAUUUCUACGAGAAAGAGAAAAAAAUGAAGUCUUCUAAUGAUAAAAUACAAAUUCUGCAAAAAUUUACUGACGGGUGGUACCUACAAACUUAACAUCUAGCUACAUUCAGUCGUCAUAUGUCGUCCAGUUCUAAUGAAACAUUCAGCAAAUGUCUGUGCUAUCGCUUUGGCAUAGUACAUAGGCGCUGUCUGUAGUUUCCUGUUACUAAUCGGCAUAUAUUUAUAUUCUUUCGUAGUGAUUCGGUACGGGAUUAACUCGCUUUCCUGGGGCUGACGGUCCUAUGCAUGAAAUAGAUUCGCUUCCCCCAGGGGCUGAUUGUUCUAUACCGGACAUAGAUUCCUUUUCCCGGGACUGGUCAUCUUAUUCCUGACUUAGAUUCGUUUUCCGCGGACCUGGCCCGAGAAGAGAGAUUUAUCACCGUCUCAAUUCUUCGAUGGAGAUAAGAUUUAGGCAAGAAAGCUAGAUGAAUCACCCACUAUUGGGUUUGUCCUGGAUAAAAAGUGUCUCCUUGUUGACUGAUAGGCCAGUUGUCUUUAGGCAACCUGUUUCAUAAAAGAGCCUCGUUUUGCUAUUUCAUAAAGGAGAAUACAGACAUUAUUCUUGCAUUGGCGUGGAUGUUCUGGAUGGAUGAUCUUCUGUGGGAUGCCAACAUUGCCAACACUUGAUUUGCCUUGACAUCCUUAAUAUCCUGUUCACAUUCAUCAUCUGAUCACUUGGUACUUAAAAUAUAUCACAUUUUCCAGUAGGAUGUUGUUCAUAUUGACUGUGUCCUACACUAUGUUUACAUCUUACAGUAGGAUGUUGUUCACACUGUGUCCUCCACUAUAGCAUAUUUAACUGUUCUGCAUUUAAUAUGUUUUUCAUUUAAAUUCAAAAUUUCAGUAAAUCUUCUCUGUAAAACUCGCCAUUUCAAAAUGCAACCUUCUUUGGGUAUUCCCUAUUACGUCAAAAUAUGUUGGAUUAAUUUUAAGUCAUUACCUCUUGGAACCACUCUGGUAUAAACAGAUAUUUAAUUGUACACCCAGUAAUCAUCUAUUAUAAAAAAGACAUAUUUUUUGGUACAGCCGAUCAACAUCUGGUAUGACAAGUCAUUUCUUAGUACAGCGAGUCAUCUUCUGACAUAGAAAGUCAUUUCUUAAUAGUACAGCAUGUCAUUAUCUUUCAAAACAAGUCAUUUUAUUUUCACAGCUAGUCCUCGUAUGUUUCAACAAGUCAAUUAUUUAUACUCCAACAAUCAUCUCUGGUAUAAUAAGGUAUAUAAUGGUACGGCCAGUAUGUCAUCUGAUACAAGUCAUUUCUGGGUAGACAGUCAGUCUUUUAUGACGUUUUAAAACACCCAUAUCUAAUACAUUUUAUGAAAACGUUGUGAAAAGUAAUUUAGUUUAAACAUUUACCUAAACAUUUCUGUUGUUAUCAAUUUCUUGAAAACACUCUGGUCACUAAGAAUGCAUAGUUUCAGUUUGCAUUCAAGGGAAAAUCGAGUUAUUAUUGCCUUGAUAAAAACUCAGUUUUCCCUCCCCCCCCCCUUUUUCUCCCUUUGACCAGCUUCAGGCAGUGACGCUCUACAGGAAUGGGAUUCCAUUUAUGUCUCAGGACGGUAUGCCUCACACGGUGGGCCACUAUUUAAAUUUGACAGUACAAGGAGUAGGUACCAACUUGUAUCCUAAUCAAAUUUUUCGCAAUGAAGAGGGUACUUUGAUAAAUGAAGCGGGCAAUAUUAUUUUAUUUUCAAAAGGUCUAUUUUCAUAAACAAAUGUAAAUGAUUUAUAAAACUAUAUAUAUAUAUAUAUUACUAUAUAUUAUAUAUAUAUAUAUGUAUAUUGAGAAUUUAAAAAAAAAUAUUAUGCUUUGCUGUAUUAAAUAAUAUUAAGACUUUUCAAGAAUGAAUACACACUGGCUUUUCUGUUUCAAAGGUUUCUGACAUCGAUCUCAACCAAUACUUUCACUGUGAGGUCAAUAAUCUAAAAAACGCCUCCACACUACAAUCAGACUUUGUCUUUCUACGCCUUACAGGUUAGUCUGCUAUGAAUUUAGGCGUUUAAACAUUUAUUGAUGGCAUUUUAAAAAAAAAUCUGAUACAUUGCAUUGCUGGCAAAAUGUUGAAACGGGGCUGCUGAAAAUGACCAUGACACUAAUUUGUUGCAAAUAGUAGAACAAGGAAGGAAUGUCCAGGCUGGAAUCGACAGACCUGAUAAUAAAAGAAGAAAAAUUUCAUCUAAGAGCGUUCCUCAGCAGACAAGACAAAUAAAAAAAAUAAGACAACAAAUAGAAACGCGUUAACAAACUUAAGUGUUCGCCAUUUUAUUUACGGAUGUUGGAUUUUCCUAAACGAAGAUUAGAGGACGUAAAAGAAUUUAUUACUAGGGAAAAUACAAUCACAACGGGGAAAAAUAACUAUUUUGGAGAUAUGUAAAAUAUAUUUAAGAAUAAAAGAAAUUCAGAUAAGUUCAGGAAAUCUAGUUGGAAAGUAUUUAAUUAAUUCCAGAUGGUGAUAUUGUGCCGAAAAGAUGAAUAAGUUGUUUUCCUAUCUAACUCUCGCUGGUCUGUAGCUACAGGAAAUCAGUGCUGUGUUGCAUACAAAAGUCACUUUUAAGUUUAUCUCCAUUGAAAUUUGGGUGUCAUAGCCUAAAUUUAGUAGUUGAUAACAGUGCAAGGAGUUGCCUGGAAUCCAUUUCCUUUCUUUUUUUUUCUUUUGUGGUACUUUUCAGCUCAUAUAUGUUUUCUUUUCUGCCUUUCCAUUACGUCGGCAUGUUUUGAAAAAAAAAAAAAAAAAAAUUUUUUUUUUUUGAAGUCUUUACGCCAGAAUAGAUGGGAGUGUAGAAUAAAACGUAUUUAGAGCCAUUAAAAAAAAAUUACGGAAAUUCGGCAAGCUCUUAAUGAACCUGAAGUAUAUACUUGUGACUGAUCGUGUAGUGUUACAUGAAGCAGAAACACUUGUAUCACAAAUAAAAGAUUAUGAUUUUUUUUUUUAGUGAUGAUAAAUGGCUGGUAAGAUAUCUUAGGCAUGGUAACUGUUGUCAGCAAAACUAUGCAGGAAUACCUCUGUGGAACUAUCUGCUGCUGUUUCACUAAUGGUUAGUGUCACUGAUUAUUUAAUGGAUCAUCGAGGAAAUGGUUUUGGAAAUGCACCAGAGACAGCAAAAUAAGCUACAGAAUUAGAUGUAAUUUUUUUUAAAUAAAAGAAUAAGGAGAAGAGAAAGGGGUUAUUAGAAUAUGAUUAGUCUGACGAGGUUCCAAAUGCAGAUGGCAUAGAAAAAAAUCACUGGACCUUUUCUUAUCAGAGUAAUUUGAACAGGUGCAAAGUUUCUAUUAUCCAUGAGAAUUUUUCAAUGAUCUAAACAAUCUGCCAGACAAAGAUAAGCUCAAAGUAACAUGCCAAGUUUUGGAGAAUAAGUUAAGGUAUCAUAAAAAUAGCGAUAUAAAUUCUAAAACACUUAAAAGUUAUUGGAUUUCAUGCCUAACAUAUGUGUAACAUUAAGAAUAAGGAAUACGAUACCUAUUACUGUAGCAAUUGAAGAAAGAACAUAUAAACGAUAAUUCAUGUCUCAAACCAGAACGAAUUCUUUGGCGAUUUUGUCUCUAGAAAAAAGAUAUUGCUAAGAAUCUAAAUAUAGGCAGUGCUAUUAAACGAUUUGCUGAUCUAAAGGGUAGAAAAUCGUGAAGUGUAUAAUAAUUGAUCAUAGUGUCCACAUACAAGUUAAGAAAAACUUUAUUAUUCCUCAUAAUUUGCUUUUUAAAAAAAAGCCUACAUAAUAAUCUCCUUAGCUAACCCUUAAUUUUUUUUCUUGCACAGUUGUGUUUGAUUAUACUUUUAAGGGACGCUUAAGUUAAGCUUUUCUGGGGCCCCAGCUACCCCGGGCUGGCCCUACUUAUAGCUCCUCCAAAGACGAGCAAGCCACAUGAAGCUGCAAUUUGAAAAACUUUGAUAUCAAUAUCUCAAACCCAAUUACUUUACAGAUUUGAACUUUGGUAUAGAUUUUAAUGUGAAAAUUAGUAACCAUAAUCUGUCAAUAUUCGACAUUAUUUGAAGAACUGUGUUGAAGUCAAUCCAAAACCGUGCGUGUCAAACGGGUACGGGGGCUUUAGUUUAGGGGCGUACACCAAAUGUGUGAUCGAAUACGUCAGAGGCAAUCCUUCCGUGGAUGAUUUUAUGAAUGUAUAUUAAAAACUAUUGGGGGAGGGGGAUUAGAUAGUUUCAUUUUGCCCCAGGCAGCACAAGAUACACCUGAGAAUGAAGUAGUCAUUUUGAUGAACAAUUAUUGUCUUUAAAGAGAAGUAAAUCUUUCUCUAAAUAUGUUUUCAUUGUAGUUUGUAUGCGUGAAAAAUAGCUCGGUUGGCCUAUAUUAUAUACAAGAAAGAAAUAACGAAAACCCAAUAAUGUGAGAAGCGUAUAUAUAUGUAUAUAUUUAUAUAUAGAUAUAUAGAUAUAUAUGUUAUAUAUAUAUAUCUAUAUAUCUCUCUCUCUCUCUAUAUAUAUAUAUAUUUAUUUAUUUAUUUAGGCAUUUUUUUAUAUAGCACUUACCUUAAAGCUCUAAGCGCUUUACAAUUAUUAAAAAUAUAUAUAUAAUGUAAAUUGUCAGAAUUUUUUUUAAAUUCUUCUUUUUAAGGAUACAAUACAUCAAGAUUCGAAUCAAUUACAUUCAUUGAAAUUGGAUUAUAAAUGUUAAGACUUUGCAAAGAACAGGUGGAAAGUAACCCAUUAUGCCUUACACUAUUAUUUCCGUUAACACGCGGUCGUAUAUUCUUUUUAAUAAUAUUCCGUUCAUAAUUAAUUUCUUUUCAUGUAUUUGCGGCUAUUAAUUUAAAAUGUAAGUUCGCAGCUGAGUUGGAGACAAAGAGUUACAUCUCCGAUGUGCUAAGUAGAGGCUGGGGAAGUGGGGGGAGGGGGGCAGUGGUGAGUGAUGGAGACAUGUUGAUUUUGACAACAAUCUUCUUUUGCGGAAAAAGAACUUUCAUACUGUAAAGCGGAAUUUUGAAGGAAAAAAAACAUAAUAAGUUUUAACACACUAAAAAGAAAAAAAAAAUUCUUAAAUUUUCCUAUAAGUUUUUACGCAAAGAAAGUCUGUGAAGAAAAUGAUUUAAAAAAUUUGUAAAAAAAAACAACACAAAAUUCAGUUUUUCCUAGAUUUAAGUGGAAUUCUUUGGGAACAUAGAGUGCCUUACUACACGUCUUUAUUUUUUUUAUUUAAAUAUAUAAUAUUAUGUGCUUUUAAACUAUUUUUUAAAAAAACAACUAAAUAACGUUUCUACCUUGAUUCCAUUGGCCAUACGAACAGUUAAACAUAGAUUCGAUAGCGAUUUUUAUUAUAAUGAUAAAAAAUUAUUAGUACACAAACAUAUUUAUGAAAUUUAGGAAUACACUGUAUCCUGUAUGUAUUACAAGUUAACUCUUUUCUUGUAGCCACUUUGUUAAUGUUGUAUGCGUUACCUUAGCGACAAUUUACUGCACCAGAUAUUUCUUAUAAGAUGGGUUAGUUUAUCACCAAUUUACUGGACCAAAUAAUUGAUAAAGGAUAGGUUACCUCAUUAACAAUUUACAGCACCAGAUAUUUCUUAUAAGAUGGGUUAGUUUAUCACCAAUUUACUGGACCAAAUAAUUGAUAAAGGAUAGGUUACCUCAUUAACAAUUUACAGCACCGGAUAUUUGGUAUAUCUUGGGUUUUCUUAUCACCAAUUGUCUUCACACGAUAUUUCUUAUAAGGUGGGUCAUCUUAUCAUCAAUUCGCUGAUCCAGAUGUUUGUCUUUUCUUCCCAGAUUACGAGAUCUAUUCCCUGCACAUUGACCUGGCGCCCAAUGAAAAGGCGGAAAGACUUGCCUUACUCAUGCUCGAGGCUUCAUUACUAAAUAAAUGGGCUCCUCAAACCUUUGAUGCCAGUGGCAGAAAUCUUUCACUUAAUUCAACUAUAGCCCCACCUGCUAUACGCUCUUUAUCGAAUGGGUCAUCACUGGUUGACCUUCAGAUCAGCCUGGACAGUGUUGUAAGGUCCUUGCAGGACUGGCGGAUAAAACCCAUGCUCUUUACGUACGUCCUUUUGUACAAGUGUAGUCUUAGCUUUAUUCGUUAGAUUUAUUUAACAUUGCUCGUUAUUUUCACCAAACAUCGUUUGUUAGCUUCCCUAAACAUUGUUUGUUAGCUUCCCUUAACAUUGUUUGUUAGCUUCCCUUAAAAUUGUUUGUUUGUAUUAUAGUAUAACUUAUAUAUUUAAAUAUUAUUUUCAUUUUAUGUUGGAGCUAUUUUUAGCCACCACCAUCUUUCUCCCCUUGUAUGGCCUUGACAUUAACGUUGCCGAUUCAUUUUGCUGUGACACUCCUUUACCCACCCCUCCCAGGAUUAGAAAAAAGCUUGUUUAAAUUCGAUUGCGCUCCAUUUGUUCUUAAGAAUGCCAUCAGAUGAGGCAAUUUCUAGAAUUCUUUACUAGGACUUUCUGAUUGCAUCCCAAAGAUAUAGGCCUCAGAUCUCUUCACAGAAACAAAGUGAGAGAGCGCGAAAGACAAAUGGUUGCCAUAUUUCCUAAUGUACGCACGACGUCAUAUAAUGGAGUGUGUAAAUUAAUUUUUCUAUUUUGGAGCAGUACCAUUUAGCCGUGUUCAAAGAACAUAGCAGAAUAUUUAUAAGCAUUGAUAUGAAAUAAGGGCUUUUCAUUAUUUCGUUUGAACAACUAACAUAACAUAUUUGAAUUUAAAGGAACAUAUAUUAUUUGACAUCAACUUAUAUAAUCACAUAACGUGCAUAUCAAUUUUUAAAAAUUGGGUCAUUAUCAACUUUUUUGGAUCAAUUAAAAAUGGCAAAUCUUGAUCCUAAAUUUGUUUAAAAAAAGUUAUUCACUCAAGAUUUCUGUGUUGUAUUUUUAUUUACACAUUCGCAAUAGGAUAUCCCCAAAUGAUGACAGAAAGAGUCUUGUGGCGUAUUUUUACCAGAGCGUUUCUGAAACACACACCAUAGAUGAUAUGAACCAGACAGUGUUUGAACUCGCAUCUGAAAACAUAACGGAACUUUUCCUAAAGGUAUUACUGGAACAAUCGCAUCAGUGAAACAACUCUCUGAUGUCGAUAUUUUAGCAAGUGCACGUGAAUCCUAAGGUGUAGCUCUUUCGAAUCCCUGCUUCUUUGCCAAACUGUUAUCUCUACAUCUUCUGUGUGAUGGUUAUAUAAUCCGCUUCUUGAUUUUUAGUACACUCCUCUUUGGUGUGAUGUCAAUACCAUCCGCUUCUGUGUGAUGUCAAUACCAUCCGCUACUGUGUGAUGUCAAUACCAUCCGCUACUGUGUGAUGUCAAUACCAUCCGCUUCUGUGUGAUAUUAAUAUCAUCCGCUUCUUUGUGAUGUCAAUACCAUCCGCUUCUGUGUGAUGUCAAUACCAUCCGCUUCUGUGUGAUGUUAAUACCAUCCGCUUCUGUGUGAUGUUAAUGCCAUGCUUUGUUGGGGAACGUUGGUACCAUCCUCUUCUGUGGGAUUUUCGCACAAUUCUCAUCUGGUCGAUGUCAGCACCAUCCUCUAAUGGGUGAUGUUAUUACAUCUUCAUCUGUGGGAUGUUAGUAAAUCCCCUUCUGAGGGAUAUUAGUACCAUCUUCUUCUGGUGGAUGUUCGAACCCUAAUAUUCUGUGGGAUGUUAGUACCAUACCCUUCUUUCAGUAGAAGACCCUGCAUUUGCCCAUUGUGUCAUUUCAUCUAUAAUGUAACCUGAUACUGCUGUCGUCUCCUGAAUCCUGAUAUAUCGGUCGUCUCCUGUAGCCUGAUACAGCUGUCGACUCAUGUAGCCUGAUACAGCUGGUGUCUCCGUAGUCUGAUAUAGCUGUCGUCUCCUGCAGCCUAAUACAGAUGGCCCUUGUCCCGUUGUUAAUACCCUGUCGGUCUUCCUCUGCUCAAUUACUUACAUCACGUCUAAUGUCUCUCUGUGAUGAAGCCUAGAUUUUGUAUUUUCCGUAUUUCUGUUGCCGAUCUUUACAAUAACUAUUUCCUAUUUGCAUCAAUGAUUAUGUACUAGCUCUUUUAAAACUUACGAAUAACUCCAGAGCCCCGAUGAACUACCUCAAUUCAAUGUGACGUCUGUUCAAGUGCGUAGCAUUGACUGGUGCUGGGCUGUAACGAUGUCAGACAAUAUUACCAGCGACCAAUACGACCUCCCCAAGUCUACCAUGGGGACAAACUGGAGGAGUCAAAAUUUAUGUGCUCGGGGUAAUGUUAACAAAAGGUUACCUCUACAAUUCUAUCGCAUUCACAAUACUUCCUUUUAAAACUAUAAAAGAAAACGUCUUUUAAAUAAAAAUAAAAGAUAAAAAAAUAUGGUAUAUCUCUUACAAUAAUAAAAUCAUUUUACACGAUGUCAUGUUCAUACCAUAUCCAUACAGACAGUCAGCCACUGGUGACCGUUAAAUGUGAGGGAGAUAAGAUCAUUGGACUAUACUGGAGCCAAUUACACGUGAACGCGCUCUGUGACUACUCAGCUAAUAAAUCUGGGAGAACUAACGCCACACAAGAUUUACAGGCCCUAGCACAGGUUGGAUUCCUUUUUUUUUUUUUGCAAUAACAUUUUACCAAAAGAUCUUACGUGAAUUGGUGAUAUGUUGCUGUAAGAAAUACGGCAACAACAUCGAUUAAUUUUAACGGUCAGGAGAGUUUUUUUUUAUUUAUUCAUAAAACAUUCUUUUAGGGCUAGUUUCUUUUUUUGUCUUUUAAUUCUUAACAGGGAAGCAUCAACUCGUCAAACAGUGAGGCCAUUGUGAACGACACAAUGCAAACCCUCCAGGGGAUGAACCUCAGCAGGGUUAUACCCGAAGAUGUCCGAUACCUCGCAGACAUUUUCCAGAAGCUCAGCAACAUCAGCGUUAAGACCCGGGCCACCGUCCAGGGGAUGCUGGACGUUGCUGCUUUCAUGAGGAACUUCCCGGGUCCCGUCUUAAGAGACGCCCAGAGUUUAGGGAAUGCGACCAACAGGUUCGUCCUCAGAUGGUAACACGUGUGUGUGUCUGUGUGUCCCCUUGGACUAACGGUUUUAACUCCAUUGAUUUGUUAAAUUUUCUGUUUGCUGUCGGGUUUCCUAACCUUUUUGGUGGCGCCGCUCCCACUUUUGAUUUCAAAUUAUUUACGAAAAACUCGGACGAUUUAAGGAAUAAUUUGUGAAUGCAAAUGAAACACAAAAAUAUUUUUGAGUGUUUCCUGCCAUCCCUGACAACUCCUACCACACCCCCAGGGGAUGCGGGCACCAACACAUCCAUUAAACGAUCUGCAUGGGAGUGCGCACAAGUCUUGUAAUGCCAUCGCACACAAAAAUAAGGUGCGCACACAAUAUUGUGUUAUGAAAAUAAUUAGAUUUUACUUUAUAUUUUUUGUGCAUUUUUAUAUAGAAUAGAUAUGGAAAGAGCAUAUAUAUAUAUAUAUAUAUGUAUAGAUAUGUAUAGAUAUAUUAUUAAUUAUCAAUUUAAAAUAAAAUUACUACUGCAAUGUGUACGAAAAAUGUUAACUCGUGAUACCCAUGGAAAGCCAUUUACACUCAAUACUGUUUACUAGGCAAUAUAAUCUUUAGAACUUGCAUGAUCACAGUACGCACAAAAAUGUGGACCAUCUCUAAAAUGUUUCACCACCUAAUUUUAUGCACAUAUAAAGUCUAAUAUAUUGGCGUCAACCUUGGGGGGCACCUCUUGUUAUAAGCCCCUGAUGUAUGUAAAUAACCAGUUAUAAAUACGGAACCUUUGACUUCUCCACAGAAAGAGGCACGAUUUAAAAAUUGUGCCUGUAUAUCGUCAGGGUUAAUAAUUAUUGAUUGUAAAUUCUGAAAUUCCACUUAGGUUGUCACCCCUUAUUUUGUUUGCAGUCACAUUUACGAAGAUAACGUUAAAUGGUUUGAAAUAUCCUCACAUCUGUACGAUUUAUUAUGUUGUCAUAAAUAAUAGACUUAAAUAUCCUCACAUCUGUACGAUUGAUUAUGUUGUCAUAAAUACUAGACUUAAAUAUCCUCACAUCUGUACGAUUGAUUAUGUUGUCAUAAAGAAUAGACUUAAAUAUCCUCACAUCUGUACGAUUGAUUAUGUUGUCAUAAAUAAUAGACUUAAAUAUCCUCACAUCUGUACGAUUGAUUAUGUUGUCAUAAAGAAUAGACUUAAAUCAACUAAAUUAAAAUUAUGUUUAAUUGGUCUUUCUUUUUUCUUUUUUUUUCUUUUUUCAUGUUUAGAAUUUUAAAGAGUCUGGAUCUAUCAGGAGGUCAGGUUGAAAUUGGGCCUGACGAAAAGUUCCGGCGAAUAAUUUCCGGUGGUCUCGGCCUGGAAGUCUGGAACCUUAGCCGUAUCAAUGACGAUACAUUAGUUGUGGGAAUUAAGGUAUGUGUUUUGUUGAGACAUAAACUACAAUCAGCGUGAUGUUACAUUCUCUUGUUUGUAAAAAAAAUGAAAUGUUUCGUCUAUGCGGGUCAAUCAGUUGUUACGAGCUUUAUUUUUUUUGUGUCUCCUCCAGUUGCUGUCUGAGAAUCUCACUUCAGAAAAUCUUCUCACACUUAACAAAACCAACCAGGUUGACUACGGGCAAACUGAAGUAGCCAUCCUGUUACAGACAGACUUAAUCAAGGUUAGUGAAUCAUAUUAUUAUUAAGUGUUCGGUUGAUUCUUCAUUUUUUAAAAAAAAAAUUGUAGUUUUUUUAAAUUAUGAUUUGCAUUCCAUUGACACACCAUCAGUUUUAUGGACAUUGACAUUUCAAUUCCUUGCACAGUAGGCGCUCCGCUCUAAAGCAGAUAUCGUUAUAAGGUAAUGCACAGUCGCGUGCUGGGAGGGGGUCAGUUUAGUAGCUCGAGUUAAUCCCAGGGUUGACAGGAACACCCUCAAUUAAAUUUAACGGAGAGCAAAGCUGUGUGCUGGGACUGAGCCUCAGGUCUUUUUCGUUCGUGCAUCAUGAGUGACCAGCACGCGAUUCGCCCCUCUUCCUUUUCUUGGCUGUCUAAUCCCUUAUAUAUAAAUUACGCUUCUGGUAGACUGCUUCCAUUUCUAGGUAGUUCCUGGCAAGCUGGUUGCUUCCUAUUUAGCGUAUUUGGUAUUGAGAUUAUAUUACAUAUAACAUAUAUAAGAAUGAGCUAGGCUGACCAUAAAAUCAAAGAAACGAAGCAAUUUGAAAACGUUUGGAUUCUUAAAAAUAAUGAUAGUUAUUCUCUUUAUAUUUUACGAAAAUCUAAAAAUUUAAAUGCACAAAAAAAUGCAAUAUAUUCGCUUUUAUUUUAGUAAAUGUUUAGGUAUUAUUAUUAUACAUUAAAAAUACGUUUAAAUACCAACAAACUGAACUAUUUUAUCCGAGUUUGAAAUUUAUGAAAAGAAAUUAAAUUAAGAAUUAUAAUGUAAGAUUUACUUAGUAAUCACAUUAAUUGAGAAAACCCAAACAUCUGUUGUUUUUAGUUCGUUGUUAGUGCGUUUUUGAAAUUGCGAAAUAAGAUAAAAAUUUCUUUGAUCUAAGUCAACAAGCAAAUGAUGUCAUAGCGUGAAUUGCCUAUCUUAGCCAAAGCUUUAAGUUUCUUUGAUUUAAUAACCACGGGUAAAAAAAAAACUGAUAAUUUAUUUUCCCUUUUUUCAAAAGUAAAAUUAAUAAAUAAAUUUGAUCGCUUUUUAAAUUGUUUAUAAGACGCACACAAAUUUAACUUUGAAUUGUUCACGUUAAAUAAGUUUUUACUUUUUAUUCAUUCCAAAAUUAUACUUUUCUUAAAUUUAUAAAGUAAUAAAAACUUAACCUUUAAAUACCCUUUUAAUAAGAAAAUAUGCUUCAAGUCAAUUAGUGCAGCAAAAUUCCAUAUCCAAAUAACAUUCACUAAUGCACUUGUCACUCAUCCAAAUAAGAACAAACCACGAGAGGUUCAAAAACUGUUGUGCCUGAGUACGUAGGGGGCUACAAACCUGUGGAUGAUUUUAUACAGUUUGAUGAAACUACUGGUGGGGUGGGGUGAGGGGGUCAAUAAUUUCUUUAGGCAGCACUAGAUGUGCCUCAGAAUAUUAGAAUGGAUUGAUAAAUAAUUAACUUUCUUAGGUACAUAUAUAUCGGGGGUAGGAAAUUGGUUUUGUACCUUUUUACAUGGAUGACAACAUCUUUAAAUACAAUGAUAUUACAGUUGUGAAAAGGAGAUGUUACAUUAUCUUUUUACAUAUAAACAUAUGUUUAUCAAUUCAGAAAAUAAAUGGCGUUAACAAAACGUAAGUAGAUUUACAUAAGUUACCCAUGAAAAUCAAAGCCCAAUAAUUUUACACAAGUGAAAUGUUAAUUUUGAAAAAUAGAGAUAGUUCAAAUAACAAAGCGAGCAAUUGUACCAGAAAGUAGUUCAUGUCACAACCGAUCUUUAACAUUCGUCAGCUGAUAUCAUGGGCGCCCGCAGGUAGAGGCAAUGUGGGGCACUUGCCUCCCCCUGGAUAGAUUCGAUAAGAAAAUUUUAGACAAAAAUAGACACAAAAUUUAUUAAAGUAAAGAGAAAAUAAAGAGAAAGUAACUAAGCUGAUGUCCUGUCCGUUCGUCCACCAUACAAAUACACUACAGUAAAUUAAAAGUAUAUUAAAACAUUACUAAAAAAUUUUUGCCCCCCCCCCCUGGAAAGUUAAUCGAUUUUUUUUGCCCCCCCCCUAGAAAGUUUUCUGCGGGCGCCAAUGGCUGAUAUCGAUACAGAGUGUGGUGUGAUCAGAUAGGCAUUAGCAAGUAGUCUACCAAUUUUGUGCAUUAUUAAAUAUCUUUAUUUCUUUUUUCUAAACUCUAAUAAUAAAAUAUGCAAUUACAUUUGGUUAAUUAUUGUAUUAAUCUUUAAAAGAUUUGGAUUUUUUUUCUAUUUUUUAAUCACGAUAAAAAUAUUUCAGUAACCGGUUUGAUCAAAUCAAGCAAAUCUCAUUCUUUCAACACCUUAAGUUUCAGGGCUAAUUAAUGAUGUCCUUAGCAUAAAGCAUUUAGUGAUGGAAUGGUUCGCCCCGACCAGAGCUUUUUUCUCGGUGCGGCCUUGCUUGACCGUCAAAAGUGAAACAUGUUUUUUUUUUCUUUUUGUGUAUGUUUCUUUUAAAAUUUGCUUUUUUUGUUUUUGUUUUUUUGUUUUGAUGUGUGUGUGUGUGUGUUUCUUUCUUGUUUUCUUUUUUUUUUUAAAUUUCUUAUUUCACUGUUAUCAUAGCAUGACUCGUUGAACAAUGUUUUAGGACACUGUGCGCAACUACACUGGCUCAAACAUCAGACUGGCCAUGAAUAUCUAAUGUUUUUUUUUUCUUUUUGUGUAUGUUUCUUUUAAAAUUUGCUUUUUUUGUUUUUGUUUUUUUGUUUUGAUGUGUGUGUGUGUGUGUUUCUUUCUUGUUUUCUUUUUUUUUUUAAAUUUCUUAUUGCACUGUUAUCAUAGCAUGACUCGUUGAACAAUGUUUCAGGACACUGUGCGCAACUACACUGGCUCAAACAUCAGACUGGCCAUGAAUAUCUACUCUGACACAACACUCUUCAACACUAGUGUACUAGAGACCAGCAUCAGCAAGCCAUCUCUCAAUAGCAGAAUCAUAGCCGCACAAGUAAGUGUGGAGUCCUUAGUGGACAGUGGCUGGCGUUACUGGUCCAACAUUAUAAACAUUUCCAGAAAUUUUUUUCUUAAAUAACCAACUUAUUGUUUACAAAUAUUUGGAGCAAGGUGUGUUUGAAGCUAUUCGAUUUAUCAAAACUAAGUAUAUGUUAAAUAAAUCAUUCGUUUUCAUACAUUUUUUGUUGUUGUUUUACAUAAUAUUUGGUUUGGUCAGUCAGCGACCGUCGCGCCGCGCAUGCGUAAUACGGUAACCGCAAUUUUGGUGUACUAGGCCCUCUUUUGGACUAAAAAAUAAUCAAGUUAAACAUCUCAAACCUUUGAUAUACAUUUUGAAUCAAUGUUACGAUGGAUAAGCUCCUAAAAGGAAUUAUAUAUGAACUCAUAAAGGUAAAGGGAACCUAAUUUUAGUCUCUUGUUCUCUUGGUUAAGUGUAGAAUGAUACAAAGCUACAUUCCGGUAUGUGCUAAAACGCAUUCAUGCAUUUAUAAAUGAGGGUCCCACCCUCUUAACUGUCCCAUUUUCAAAUUCGCUAAUCAAAAUUUUUUUUGGAGUUCAAGAUUUCCACUCCCCCACUCAGUUUCAAGCGUUCAAGUGACAGUUUCGGGCACCUUGUUAUCGACAUCAUGCUACAUGCACUGUAUACAAUGUGUUAACGAGACAUAUUUUGAAUUAAAUUUAUACAAUUUACAUCUGUGAUUCGCGUCACGGGUAGAUUGUAUUAUCAAAUGCUGCGAUGACAAGAAUUUAAAAAAAUUGUGUCCGUCAUUUAAUGAAACACAUUAUCUUUAUUAGGUGUAAUGGCAUGCGCCUCACGAGGAGUUAACUCACGAUCAAAGUUAACUCACGAUCAAAGUUAACUCACAAUGAAAAUUGACUCAUGAUCAAAGUUAACUCACGAUCAAAGCUAACUCACGAUCAAAGUGUCACAUGAUGUCAAUUCCUUUUGCCCCUCCUGGCUUAAGCAAAUAUAACUAGCGUUAAUUUAAGGUAUAGGCCUGUACACUUGUCAAAUUUCUUAUUGGAAAAGUUAAUUAAAGCUUCAUACUUAUAAUAAUAAUAAUUUAAAUGUCCAAGUCAUUCUCUUCUACAGCUGUUGGUCGAUGAUCAACCGAUCACCAACCUGAGCUCCAGCGCUGUCCAGAUUGUGUUUCUGCCAAUCAAGAAGGCGCCCAUACAUCUGAGACCUAAUCUGACGACUUGCGCCUUCUGGGACUUUGAGGCCGAGUCAGGCGCCGGUGGCUGGUCAAGCCAGGGGUGUGUGUACAACCAAACCAUUGACGGCACGGACGUUUGUGUUUGUGAUCACCUCACAAACUUUGCCGUCCUUAUGGUAGGCAUCUGUUUAUUUUAACCGUAACUAACCUAUGGUGUGGCCUUUUUUACAUCAACGGUAUCUCACCUGUUGGUGUGCCCUGUUUUAUAUCAACAAUAUACCACUUUUUGGUAUAUCACUUUUCUUAUUAUCCACCUGUUGGUGUGUCCACAGUUUGUCUCAUCCAUAAGUCACCUGUUGAUGUGUCCCCAUGUUUGCAUUAUCCAUUUGUAUCUGAUUGUUGAUCAGGUACAGCAUUAAUUCUUUACAAAUACAGGAAAUAAGGUCAUGAGACAGAGUGGUUUUAAUUUCAAAAUAGAAAAAUUAAAAAUUAAAAGGACAAUUUCUGAGGAGAUCCAUAAUAAAGUACAGGCUAGAAUGUUAUUACAUAAAUAACAACAAACCUAUAACUAUCAAUAACAGAUCUUUUAAAUGUAUAGUAUUACUUAAAUAUUCAUAGUAUUACUUGCAUUUUAUAACAAAAAUAGCACUAAUAGAUUUGAAUGAUAAAAGUGAAUUGCAUAGAUGAUUUUAAGUCAAAUAAUAAACCCGACAUGGUUACAAAAUGAGUAAACGAAUAGCCUUUAACGAUGUUUGAUUACUAAAGACAUUAUGAUGCGGGUUAACUGCAACGAUGUAAAGUAUAGACCUUAGUUGUACUCUGUCGCACACGCAGGGGCUAUCUGGGACAGAGGCCAAUGGCAUUAUGCUUAACUAUGAGAUUUCAUUUUUUAUAGGUCAUAUUUACCGGUGAUUUCAAAUUUAAAUAAUUUGCUUUGAUGUUGAGAAUGUAAAAAGAAAAAAUCGUAUUUUAAAUCUCUCCCAGAGUUUCUAUGAACAAGAGAGUCUGAACAACGAGCACGCGUUGGCAAUGACCAUCAUCUCGAUUGUGGGACUAAGCCUUUCUAUUGUAGGACUUUCAGCAACCAUUCUUUCAUUCCUGCUCAUCACGUAAGUCCUCUAAUUUCAAGACAUAGAAAAUGCCUAAAGGAAAUAUAAUAUUAAAUUCGUUCACUCUAUUUAAAUUACUUCAAAAAAUUAUUAACGCAAGAGUUGCAGUAAUAGUAUUUAGAUCACCGUUAUAAUGAAGUUUUUUAAAUUCAAAAAUAAAAUAUUUAUUGAUGUGUUCAUUUAUCGACUUUUAAAAAUAUUAGAACAUAUAUUUUUGCAUAUCUUUGCAGACGUUUGCGGCGAGGUCAACAUCAGCAGACACUGUUCCAGCUGUGCCUGGCACUCCUCAUGUCCUGGAUCGUGUUCCUGUCCGGAGUGACCCAGACAUCAUCCCACGCUGGAUGUAUUGUUGUGGCAGUUCUGCUCCACUACCUGAUCCUGUCAUCCUUCAUGUGGAUGUUGAUGGAGGCACUCUUGCAGUAUCUGCUCUUUGUCAAGGUCAUGAACACAUACGUCACCCACUACAUGUUGAAGACAUCCAUACCAGCAUGGGGUACGUUAGAACUCAAAACCAACAUGGCUUAGACAUUCGUCCCAUCAUAGGCUAGCAAAACAUACCAGCAUGGGGCACGUUUGAAAUCCAUACAAGAAUGUAGGAUGAUAGACAUCUAAUCCAGCAUGUGUUAGACAUUAUACAGUAUGUUUUACAUUAGACAUUUAUGAUAGAAUGGGUUGCCAUCAAGAAAAAGGAUGUUUUGCAUAUCCAUAGCAACAAGGGUUAAACAUCCAUGCCACCAUGGGAUACGAAAGACAUCCACGCCAGUAUGACGUAGACAUCAACACCAGAAUUGUUUAGACAUCAAUACCAACAUGGAUUAGACAUGAAUGCCCUUAAGGGGUACGAUGGACAUCCAUAUCUGCAGGAUUUUUAAAUCAAGACCAGCAUGUAUUGCGUUAGACAUGCAUACCAUAAUGGGAUAAGUCUGGUAUUUUUAACGGUUACAGGAAAUUUGAUCGAAAGAAAUUUCGUCGACGGUAAAGUGAUCGACAGUAAUUUGAUCGAACGGAAGUUUGGUCGAAUCUUUUUUUUCAGUUCACAUGUUAACAUUUUGCUUCAAACUUCUUUGUUAGCACACUAUACUAUAUUGUAAAACAAAAUAAUGCGUUUAAAAAGAAAUUUGAAGCAACAUUUUAACGUAAACACAGAAGAUUUUCAACCAACUUCCAAAUGUCCAGAGAGGAAAAGUCGUAUCUUUACUUUACACGUAGUCAUUAUGAGACUACCAUGUUAUGUAAAUCAAGGGUUUCUAUCAUAAUAAAGUUUGUUUAUCUGGAUAUUUAAAAUGAACUUAAAAAUUGAAGAUUCGAAGCUGCCUUAGCCAAUCCAUUUGUCUUAAAACAAAAAUGUUUUCUGCCGGUUUUCCCGGAAACAGAAUGAAGCCUGGCACUGCCGUUUUAUUAUUUUUUUAAUUUUUUUUUUUUUUUAAUUCUUUGUUUUAAAGUUAAAUGUUGAGUGUCACAUCCACAAUAAAUCAAGUAAGUUUUAAAAAGCUUAUAUUAACUUCACUUUUGUUUUUUGGGGUGCCUGGGUGGCGAAAUCGCUGCCUGGUAAAAAAUUCUCAGACUACUCAUUGACAAACGUCCCGUCAAGCUACAGAGCUUAAACGUGGCACACAGAUUUGUUGCCAUUGAGAACUCAUUCUGAAAAAUUUUACAGCCCCAGCACCAACCUCAAACCAACAAAAAUAUUUUUUUCAGGUUUUAUUUCUCUCAUAUUUUUCAAGGGAACAUGAAGUGAAAUUUUCAAUAAUUGCUCUAAGUUAAAUUGUUUUUUAGAGAAAUAUCGCAAAGAGCUUAGUACGAAACUUUUUUUUUUUUUUAAUUUGAUGAAAUAAAUUUUGCGGUGUAAAUGCAGGUGGGUCAUAAGCAGGGCCGGCUGGCCCUAACAAUUGCGUGGCCCUAUGUGAAACGGAUAGCGUGGGGCCCAAUCUGGGCAGGGUUAAGGAUAAUAAGUGAAAAAUUAAGAUUUGGUUGUAGAAAAUAAAGUGCGGGGCCCACUGCGGCCGCAUAGGUUGCAGUUCCCUAAGGCCGGCCCUGGUCAUAAGAAUAUUACUAUAGUUAGGGGGCGUAACAAAUGUGCGGUGUAAGUGCAGGUGGGUCAUAAGAAUAUUAGUUAGGGGGCGUAACAAAUGUGCGGUGUAAGUGCAGGUGGGUCAUAAGAAUAUUACUAUAGUUAGGGGGCGUAACAAAUGUGCGGUUGCAAGCCUUGAGUAGGAGGCGGGAACUAAUUUGGAUUCUUAUAAAGUGCGUUACUUUUUAACAUGUUUUUUUUUCUCCACGUAUUUCAGGCUCACCCCAUUGCCCUGUAUUACAUUUUUAUAAAGGAUCCAUACGACCCCAAACUUUUUUUUUAGGGUUUGUUUAAUUAAUCGUACUUUUAAGAAUUCUUACAUGACGGACACAUGUGAUUUCACUUUUGACUAUAAUCCUAUUAAAAUGUAACGAAUGUCUCGAUCUCACCCGCAGGUCUACCGGUCAUCCCAGUUGUAAUUGUCUUGAGUAUCGAUCCUGAUCUUUAUGAUGGUGGAGAGCUAUAGUAAGUUCAACAUUAUCUUACCAUUAAGGGUGUACAACGUUUUCUAUGGUUUGUGUUUGUCUCUUAAAACAUGGAAAUAUUUAUAUUAGGUAAUUAUUGUUCUUUGCUUUUUGCGACAAGGAGCAUUUUGGUAAAUGUUUUUUUUUUAAAUUCCUUUAUUAAUCAAAUUAUUAAUAUUUAGAAUAUAGUUAGUUAUUUUACAUCAAAUAUGGAAUAUCAUGGGAAAUUUUACCAUUAAAAAAAAUAUAAUAUAUAUAAUGCUCUGCAUGAACAGAAUUAAAUGCAUAGUGCCUUACUAAAAAAUAGUCAAAUCUAUAAACAGUAGAUGUAUAGAACAUUAAAAUGUAUGAAACAGUAAAAUCUAUUUAAAAGGUCUAAAUUGAAGAUACUCGUUGUAUCUCCUUUGAUGGCUAGGACAGUUUUAAUAAUCAUCGCUACACAUUGUUGUCUCACAUACUAUGCUCAAAGAACUUAAAACUAUUCAUUUUCAUUUAUAUGUGUCUGUUUAUCGCGUCCCAAAUAGUCACUUUCUCACAUUCUAAUUUGAAAAUUUGUGUUUAUUGCGUCCCAAUGUGUCACCUUCUCUCAUUCUAAUUUGUUUGUGUCUGUUUAUCUCCUCCCAAAUAGCCAUCUUGUCUCAUUCGAAUUUGUAUGUGUCUGCUUAUCUCGUCCCAAUUAGUCACUUUCUCUCAUUCUAAUCCCCAGCUGUUGGAUGUCGCUGCCUGCCUUCUACUACAGCUUUGUUAUCCCCGUUGGCCUGAUCGUCUUGACCAACAUCGUCGUUUACAUCAUGGUUGUGGUCAGCUUGUGCCGUCGGGAGGACAUGACCCAACACAGUUCAAGGAUCCAGAAUCAGAAUGUCGUUAACAUAAGGGCUUCGUUCGUUUGUUUUUUUGUCCUGGGUGAGUUGAGUUGAAACAGUGGUAUGAAUCUGGUCGUUGAAUAGUGGACAGUAAAUGUGGAUAGACCUAGCUGUCGAUGAGGAAUAACUUCAGCAGUAAAUAUGGAUGGACCAGCUGUCAAUGAGGGAUAACUUCAGCAGUAAAUGUGGAAUAUCUUCAACAGAAAAUCUGAAAUUAUUCUAGCAAAAAUUGUUGCAUAAAGACACAUAUCCCUUGAUUGACUCCAUGGUACUUCAGCCAGUUUUGACGCUCUCCGCCAGGCAUCACAACCUUAUGUCACAAUUUCGACACCCUCAUAAACGUCAUUUAUAGAUUUUCCCAGCUCUAGCAUUAAAAGAAUAGUAAGUUUAGCAUUAAAUUUGGGGAAAAGUUAGAAGUUAAUUUUAAAUAACAGUCAAAUUGGAAUAACUAUCAGCGAAUUUGGAAUAACGAAAGUUUACCUUAAAUAUAAUCGUCUGCCAAAUUAUAAUAAUAAGAUUGCCGAUUAUUUUAAGAAAUUAUUUUGAGACACUUUCGAUAGCUUCAUUUUAGACAAACAAUUUGACGUCUCACAUAUAGAAAAUGAAAGAUAAAUAUUUAUUAAAAUUAGUUAUUUUUCAAUAUAUAACAUAAUUUUAUUUUGAUUUUUUUUAACCCUUACCUUUCACCGUUGUCUGUUCUUGUUAGGAGAUACUCUGCUUUCCCAGGCGAGCAAUUUAUAAUGAUACAAAUAUUUUUUUUUUAAAUUUAACCGUAUGCUGUUAUGACUCGGGACCUUAAAUUCAACAAUCCUGUAUUGGUGUCUUGAACUUCAACCGAUUGUCUUAAACACGGAACUAUUGCGUCGCAACACCGUUUUAAUUUUUUCUCUUACCGUUUCAGGUCUGUCCUGGAUCUUUGGCUUCCUGGCCCUAGGCGACGCCCGCGUUGUUUUCCAGUACAUAUUUUGUAUAUCUGCGUCACUGCAGGGAUUCGUCAUCUUUGCCAUGAUGACUGCACGGGAUAAAAAUGUCCGUGCUUUCUGGCUGUCAAAGCUUUCCAUGAUUUGUUUUCACUUCCCAUACCGUACCAAGGACGGCAAGGACACAGCACGGGGUGAGUUACACAUUUAUACCAAAGACAGGCGGAGGACAAAAAAAGGGGGUGGGUGAGGGAACAUAUUUUUAGGCCGCUGCUUUCGGUCCACUUUCUUUACGUCGUAUAACUUAUUUUCAUGUGUAUUAUUUACCUUUUGGGAGUUUUGGUUGUUAUUAGGUGCGCCAAAAAGUCUAGUGACUCCAAUCCUUCUUAAACGUUGUGAUACUAAUAUUUCAAUUUAUUCGUAAAGAUUAACACUAACUGUAACAUUCCCAUUGUAUCACAUAUUUGCCAUGACGAUCUAGAGGGUAAAAUUCACUUGGUCAUUGCUAACAAGGAGGACUUGAGCCAUUUGUUAUAAUUCCAUUUAUUUACGAGGAGAGAGAAAAGAACGUACUUUACCCUUUAAAUUUUUUUUUCUGUAAAGUAACUGGCAAUGGUAAAUGUGUAUGCGCGGUACUCACCUGGGUUGUUGUUUGUUUAUGUAUGCGCGGUACUCAUCUGAGUUGUUGUUUGUUUAUCUGAGAGCUGUCAUACUUUACAGUGUUAAAUAAGCUUUGGUGAACCAUCCGCCUGAUCAGUUUUCUCCCUUUACUGUACAUAUCUACGUUUUGUAUCCUCAGAAAAAAGAAUUGCCACAAAGUCUGCAGCUCGGAAAUUGGGUGCUUUCUACAGUGAUAAGUCAGAGUCGAAUGACUUAAGCCUUGAUAGCACCACCUCUACAGUUCUCAGUAACACAUCACAGAGGCAGUUACAGCAGCAAACAUACAGUUCUCAGUAUCACACCACAGAGGCAGUUACAGCAGAAAACAUACAGAGCUCAGUUACACACCAAACAAAAAGUGACAGCAGCAAACCUACAGUUUUUAAUAACACACCACAGAGACACAGACAGCAAAAAAAAACAUACAUUUCUAGUAACAAACCACAGAGGCAGUGACAACAAACCUGGUGUUCUCAGUGUCACACCACAGAGGCAGUUAUAGCAGCAAAAAUAGAGUUCUCAGUAACACAUCACAGAAUCAAUGACAGAAACAAAAAUGCAGUUCUCAAUAACACAUCACAGAAUCAAUGACAGAAACAAAAAUGCAGUUCUCAUUAACACAUCACAGAAUCAAUGACAGCAGCAAAAAUACAGUUCUCAGUAACACACCACAUAUACUGUGAUAGCAACAAACAUAUAGUUCUUUGUAACACACCACAGAGUCAGUGACAGCAACAAAACUACAAUUCCCAGUAAAAAUCCGAGGUUGUAGAGUUUAAAAUAAGCACGGACAUCACAGAAUAAUUAUUGUAUCUUUCUUUGACACUAAGGUUUUAAUUCCAAUAUCUUAAUUUUUUAAUAAUUCGUGUAAAUAUCCAUAAUAGAAGUCUACUUUCGGACCGCCAUGUUAAAUAUUUUGGCCUGCCGGAUGUACCCAAAUAAUAAUUAUUUUUAAAAAAUUAAAUUAGCGAUUAUUUAAAUUAUUUUGCAUAAAAUAUAUUUUAAAUAUAUAUGCAGCACUUUUUUGAGACAGUAUCCACCUAGUGGAUAGGGAAAUGGGUGUUCUUUAUUUCUUUAGUGUAAUGGCAGUAUUUUCGGCUAAUCGCAGAGGUUUUUCGUAGAAAGGGGAAGCAAAAAUCUUUGACCUGCCCGGGUGGAACUAAUCAUAGCUAAGCCAAUGUAUGCGCCAUUUUGAUGUACCUACCCUUUCUUAAGGCUAUUUUUUUUUUAAUUGAUUCAAAUUUGCAAUCUCAAAUUCUUAAGUAAAAAUUACAAAAUAUUAUUACUGUUUAGGGACUACGGAAAAUAAAGGAUUCAUAUCAAUCAAGUUAGGUAAUGAAAAACUUCAUUUCCACUAGAGUUUCUUGAGUUCUUUUCUGAUUAUGAUGUUUUAGAAUAGCUAAAAACUAAAUUCAUCUAUGCGCCAAAAACGCAUACCUUCAUUUUUGAAUUUAUUAUGAAAAGAAAGUAGGGGGUGUUAAUACAUACGGAUAUGACAACAAAGAAGGUGCUGUAGUGAUAAACCUAUAUCUUAAAGAGGCGAACAGACAAUCAAAAAUCCACGAAUCGAUCAAGCGAAAUUCAAAUCCCCUGUCACAA